CCCCGGAAGCCCACAAAAUCAACCGUCUUUUACAGGAAGUGGACCGUGUCAAUAGAAAACAGAAAAGCGACAUAGAGCGGAUUUUGAAGCGUUUCAUGACACAGGCGACCGGGCCCAAAACACAGACGAUGGCUUGCGGCUUGUCCUCGGGUUUCUUUAAAGAGCAGCUUACCGCCAGCGUGGAGAGAGAAGCAAGGGCGACGGCGCACGUUAUGCUGAAGAAAUUCUCUAAGUUUGUGGAUGGUUGCUUUUCUGUUUUCCAAGCGAAACUGGAAGACCACCAGAAUCAGGUUAUAAAGAUGAGAGCCGAAGCCGAGAACCACUUUGUUCUCUUAGUCGAAGAAGCGGUAAAAGCGGCGGCAGAGAUUGUUGCCACAGAGCUUGUGGGUUUUUUUGACAAACGCGUCGCCGAUUUCCAGCUGGAAAUGUCUGUAAAGGAUAAAGAGAUUGAGUGCUUGAAGCUGCAGCUGGAGAUCUCCCAAUGCGAAGUGAGUGCGAUGCGUGGACACCAGAAUUUGGCAGGCGGCAUGAUGACGGCGUGGGCAGCGAGCGAUACAGCCAGAGGGGAAGUAGCAGUUGGUAUUAAAAAUGUACCUCAUAUGGAAAGCAUUGGCAAGGACGAUGGGAUAUUUAGUCAGUUGGCCUGUGUGUCUCAACUGGGAGGACCAACUCUCACUUUCCAUGAAAAUGAAAAUGGGUUCUCUCGGCAGAUCUCAAGCUGCAACGAAAAAGAGAGGUCCAAAAUAGAUACAUCCCUGGAGCAGAAAACCACCCACAUCAAAGUGAACGAUUCUAAUAAAAAUGAACCUCAUGAUCCAGCUUGUGAUCUUGUUAAAGAAGAAAAUUGCAGUACAGGCUUUGCUUACAUUAAAAAGGAGGCUUGCGAGCAGAUUUAUGUCCAAAUUAAACAAGAGGUCUGUGAGGAGGACUGCGUAUACGGCCACACAUCCGAGAAUGAAAGAGUGCAAGUCCACAAACCAGAAUCUGUAUCUGAAUGUCCCUUUCCUGGCAUUAAAGAGGGUGCAAAUGUCACUCACGGUCCCCAUCAGCUGUCAUCUGUAGACUUUGAAAGCCACAGAUCCAAGUCACUGCAGUGGGAAAGUGAAAGAUCUGAGGAAGAAGCUCCAUCAACUGUCAGCCAGCUGCCAACAACAGUUGAAAUACCACAGUGGAUCCAGACAACAUUUGCUCUUCAUCAUUGUCUUAUAUGUGGGAAGACGUUCAAACAAAAAAGUUACCUAGAGAGACACCAGCGGAUUCAUAAUGGAGAGAAGCCAUUUCAUUGUACGGAAUGUUGGAAGGGUUUCACAUUGAAAUGUAAACUUGAAAAGCACCAGAGAAUCCACACUCAGGAGAAUCCGUACAUCUGCACAGAAUGUGGGAAGGCAUUUAUGAAGAAAAGUAACCUUCAACGACAUCUGCGAAUUCAUACUGGAGAGAAGCCCUACAGCUGCACAAAAUGUGGAAAACGGUUCAUCCAGAAAAGUCACCUCCAGAAACAUGAAGGAAUUCAUGCAGGGGAGAAGCAGUAUGCUACCUCGGAAAUGACAGCAGGACCUGUCCAUCUUCCUUCUUUGCCGACUUUAACAGCACCUGCAACAUCUUCACUGCCUGCCACCUGGACUCCUGCUGCUCCAGCUACAUCUACGGUGGUAUUUUUUCCGGGGCCACUGACGGUUUGUAGUGUUCAAAAAUCAUAGCAGCAACCAGCUCCUGCACUACAAAAAUGAGUGGCAUAUGUUUGUCUGCUAACGAACAAGUCGCAAUUGGCUGUGCUUGUAUUUAAUGCCAACUUGUCUUUGCACCAACACAAUCGAUGUUGUGCUGCAAUGAGUAAUGGUGGUUUUCCACUGAAUUUUGGGUAAAAUCUACCAGGUCAAUAAACAUAGAUUUAGACCAAGGUGAGGAUACACCACAAUUGAAAUCAAUGUACAAAAGGAUGGGUAGAAGAGCAUGCUUUUUAAAGGCACAAUGAUGUCAGUGAUAAGCAAGUCAGUAUCAGUUAAGAUAAAUACAUCAUGUCACAAGGGCUAUAUAGCACAAGAAGCAUGACGAAAACAAUGUGGACUUGUUGCUUCAUGCAACAAUAAAUGAAUCGGAAACAGUAAGAGGAAAACGGGUAAGCAACAUCACCACUUAUCUGCAGCUUAUAGUACUUUUGGGCAGGGUUAGUGUUAGACUGUUAUACCCACAUCACACAUGCCAACUUAUCCUAAAAGAUAAUUACGUAUGGGAUGAUUGUCUUUUUUGGCAUUCUCCUGCCAUCAUUUUAUCUUCUUUCUUCAGCUCCGCUAAAUUACUCAGUAAAUAAAGUAUAACGAUAGGGUUAAAGUUUAAGAUUUUGCUCCUGUUUUCUUGCUUUCCUCUGAGAUACACAAUAUGUUGUAUUUGUCAAAGCAGUGAGCUUUGUGUUGUCUUGUUUGCUAGUACAAAAACCGACAUAUGUCAUUCUGAACUGGAUUGAGUUGCUAUGACUCUAGCAUGGUUAUCAUACUGAUAAAGUGACCACUACCUGGGCAAAUCUGUUUAUUAACAAUCUACUAUUUAGUCUGUGUGGUGCCAUCACUUGGGGAGCUUGAGUCUCAUUCUGAACCGAAUACAUUAUUUCUCUCAAUUAUAGUGAACUUGGAUAGCAUUAGACUGCUUCACUUUCUGCACACUUUCUUGUGUUUUAGAUUUAAUUUUAAAAUGAUAAAUGUGCUAUUUUUGCCCAUCAAUUUACAAUCAGUAACCCAUAAUGACAAAGUGAAGACACAUUUUCAGAAAGGUUUGCAAAUAUAUUAAAAAUCAAAACCUGAAAUCUCACAUUUCUUUAAGUAUUGACACUCUCUGCUCCAGCUUUCCAAAUUUUAGUCUGGUGCAUCCUGUUUGCUUUUAAUAUUUGUCUAGAAUUUGAUUGGAGUCCCCCAGUCCCAAAUUGAAUUGUUUGGACAUUGGUUAGAAGGACGCACCCCUGUGUAUAUAAGGUUGCAUAAUUCACACUGCAUGUCAGGACAAAAUCAAGCCAGUGAAGUCUCUGCAGACCCUCGUGAUCUAAUUGUGGUCAGACAUGGAACAGGGAAAAGGGAUAAAGCCAUUUCUAAAGCUUUGAAUGUUCCCAAGAGCACAGUGGUCUCAAUAAUUGUGAAAUGAAAGACGUUUGAAACCACCAGAACUCUUCCUAGAGUUGACUGACCUGCCAAACUGAGUAACUAGGCAAGAUGGGCAGUGGUCAGGGAUGUGACCAGGAACCCAAUGGUAACUCUAAUAAAGCUUCAGAAGUGCUCUACUUAAUGAAAGGACAGUAUCUCAGUAUCUCUCCAUAAAUCAGGUGUUUAUGGUAGAGUGGCUAGACAGAAGUCAUCCUUGAGUAAAAGACACAUGACAGCACACUUUGAUUUUGCCAAAUGGCAUUUAAAGAACUCUGACAGCUUGAGGAAAGUAUUCUCUGGUGUACUGAGAAAUAAAUUUAACCUAUGUCUGGUGAUUAAGAGGGACUGUGCAACACCUAUCUAAUACCAUCCUAACAGUUAAGCUGCACUCAAAUCGAUCAGACGGAAGUUACUCUUGAGUCAAAGGCACAUGAAGGCUCGCUUGGAGUUUGCUAAUCAGCUUUUAAAGGACUCUGAGAUCAUGAGCAAAAAGAUUCUCUGAUCUGAUGAAACAAACAAUGAACCCAUUGGGCAGAACUCCAAGCACUAUAUUUGGUAAAGACCCGGCACUGCUCAGCACCUACCUAAUGUCAUCCGUAAAAUGAAGCAUGGUGAUGGCAGCAUGAUGCAACAAGGCUGCUACUCAGCAGCCAGGACAGGGAGACUGGUCAAAAUUGAGGGAAGGGUGAAUGAUGCCAAAUACAGGGCAGUCCUUGAAGAAAGCCUGCUCCAGAUUGCACAUGACCUGAGACUGGGGCAAUGGUUCACUUUUCAGUAUGACAGUGACCUGAAGCAUAUGGCCAAGACCACGCUUGAGUGGCUUCAGGACAUGCCACUGAUUGUCUUUGAGUGGCCUAGCCAAAUACCAUACAUAACCCCCCAAGAACAUCUGCAAAAAGACCUGAAGAUGUCGGUUUACAGACGCUUCCAAUCCAAUCUAGCUUUGCUUCAUAGGAUUUGACAGGAAAAAUGGGAGAAACUGCCCAUAUUCAGGUGUGCAAAGCUUGCGGAAACUUACCCAUGAAGACUUAAAGCUGUAAUUGCUGCCAAAGGGGCUUCUACAAAGUACUGAAUUAAAGGAAUGAAAUCUUACGAAAAAGAGAGAUUUUAGUUUUUGAUUUUUUUGAUACAUUUGAAGCUGAAAACGUUUUCACUUUGUCAUCAUGGGUUAUUGAGUGUAGAUUGAUAAGAAAAAAGGUAAAUUUAUCCAUUUAAAAUUAAAUCUGAACAAAAUUACAAUGUGUCGAAAGUGAAGGUGUUGAACACUUUUUGAAUCUGUAUAAGGACUCUAUUUUCUAUUCUAUUGUAUUCCUUCAGUAUAAUUACAGUAUACUGUGUAUAUGUAUAUUGCAACCUUUUGGAAAAUUUUUAGUACUGAUUGUCAUGUCUCUUGGUUCACAUCCCUUAUUUGGAUAAUACUUUCACUUUUAAGUAUUGAAUUUUAUAUUUAUGGAAUCUAGAACAAAAGUAAAAGCUGCUUCAUUACAGGCUUCCUCUACUUUAUCAAAAUUUGCAUAUACAACAUACAGUAAGUACGUCUUCAUCUUAUGAAUCACAAUGAAUCUGAAUUUUUACAUAGAUGAGGAUCAAGUCAGGGCCAAUUUUCAAACCUGCGCUCGUAGUGCAAACUCCCAGUCAUCUUUACAACUUGCAGAAUGGAAUGUGACUUGGGGUUUUGGGCAGGGUGUUGAUGUCACAUGAUGCCAGACUCGGUCACUCUAAAUGCUGAAUCUGCAUUUCUGUGCUACGGUUCAGUCACCUUGUUACGUGUGUCGCUCUCAUGUUUUCUUGCAUUAUCCUGAACUGCAUGGUUCAAAACAAAACAAAAAAACAUUGUGCAAAUAGUUGAAAAGCCUAAGAAAUACUGAAAGGCCUUUACCUUAACUGUGAAACAUAAAGUGAUGAAUUGUAGGUAAAGAGCCUUUUUAAAAAUUAUUUCAGGAAGAGGAUUGUGUAAUGAUGACUCAAGCUAUUAUUAAACAAAUUCUAUCAGUUUUCAUGAAUUUCCUUAUUUGAAUGUAGAAGUCAUUUUUGGAGCAAAGAAUAGCGUAAAAUGUUUAAAAUUUAAAAUAAUUGUCAUUAGCAGUUCAUAUUACAAAAAUUCACCUUACAUAGUUAGCUUCAUAAAGCAGGGGAAGCCUACAUAUUCUUUCCAUUCAGGUGGAAAGAAUGUUUCUGGUUUUCAAACCAACUUCCCAGAUCUACAAAUGUGUAUUGCAACAUUUGAGCCAUUCUCACUUGAUUGGAGCAAUGGCUGUUCAAAUUUAAACCCAGUUGAAUGUGGCUUAGUGGUUAAAGUAUUGGAUUUUGACCCAUAAAAUCUUGUUUAGCCUCCAUUACUGGAUUAGUGUAUGAUCUUUGAAAGUCCUUAACCUGUCAAGGUUGUGACUGUUUUAAGUACUGUAGUACAGCUGUGUACUUGUAAAGCACCUUGGGAAGCUUUUUGUAUGGAAGGGGGCCAUAUGUUAGACAAAAAUAGUUUUUCGUAUUUGGUAAAUUUAAGUCUUACAAACUUAUUGAAAGUUAAACAAAAUGCUAGUAUUUUCCACAAAUUUUCCUUUUUUUAUUAUCUUUUCACCAAAAGCUGAAUCAGUAGUGUAAAUCAUGUUGUUUUUAAAAGUGACCAUUAACUGUGGAUAGUUUGGGAACAUCCUAGCAGGUAGUGAACUAAAGCUUGUGCAGACAUUUCCACCUUCUCUCAUACUGUACCUCAUGGAAAACUAGAUAAUUGUACGGAUACUUUUGUUUGAGUAGUGCAUACAUGAGGAUGCCAGCAAACUGUAAAAAAAGCCCAUUUCAGUGCCAAUGAUAAUUUGUUUGUAUGCAUUGAAGUACUACACCAGCGCCAUCAGGAGAGGUCAAGAGGCACAUGUAUGUUCCAGAUCAAGUAAACCUAUCCAUGUUAAUGUUUUAAACAUGAGCUUCUCUUUGGCCACAUUAUAAAACCUGUCUCCAAUUUAUGCAGUGCAAAUUUUGCACAAAUCAUAUACAGGUUUGUGACCCAUUAAAAGGAAGACUGCUAGACUUGUCCAUUGACUCUACCCUUCUUCAGAGUAUCCUGAUGCUAGUAUGCAUCCAGAGGGCAGGGCAACCAAGUUUUGUGUCCCUAUUUUCAGUAACAUUAAAUAAGAGGGCCUUCUUAGUGCAGCGGAAGUUAAGUUGUGAACUGAAGUGGAUCAAUCAGUUUAACAUUCUGGAGAAAAAACUCUCAUUGCAUGGGUGAAUAUGUGUGUGAGCCCCGUGAUGGACUGGUGCCCCAUCCAAGAUUGGAUUCCUGAUAACGUGUGGUCCCCAGUGACCCUGAGUUGGAUUGGAUAGGAUAGAUUAGAGAAUUUUUAUUUUACAUUAAACAUCUGGACAAUUAGUAAUCUGGCUUGGUUAGUUUGCUCCAGUUGAAGCCUGUGAUUUGCUAGCUGGUAGGCAUUCUGUAGAUGCUGCCAUGAUACUUGCUGAAGUUGGAUUUCUCCAUCAUGACUGAGGUAAGAAAUGCAUCUCAAAACAUUAGUUUUGCAUCAUGUUUAGCUGCCUUCCACACUUCAAACAGAUGACGUAACAUUUGCGAAUGAGGGCAAGCUAAAUUAAUAACAGAGACAUUGCCACACAUACUUCAGAUUUUCUUAGUGGUGCAGUUUUUACUGGUCGAAUCUAAACUGGUAAGAUAACACUGCACUGUGAGGUGAUCCUUGGUAAUCUUCAACUUGUAAUGUUACAAACAAUGAUUUCAGCAGCAUUUUCCUUAUAUUAAUUAUAGUACUUGAUUUCAGUUGUUAAGUGCGCUGAGCAUGGAUUAACCCCUUUCUGAUUGUGAUUAUCAAAUAUCCUUGAUAUGAAUGUCACCUUGUAAUUUUUGAUCACUGUUAGUCACCAUUGUCUAUGUUGCAAGUUUAGAAUAUAUGACAAAAUGUUACAGCUCUUUA